AGCGAAAUCUGGGACAUCUUAUUAAUAAUAUGGCAUAUACAUAUUCACGAAUCUGAACUAUUUUAUGAGUAAGCGUCAGAUGAAAGAUUUUAGAAUCAUGGAUGUGUUGUUGAAAACAAUACUUGCAGGAGUAAUUUCUGUGGUACUUUGGAAAAUUUUUACAGUUUUGUUGAAGUACAAGGAGUUAUGUCACAAACUGAAGAGAAUUCCACAAAAACAAGCACACUGGUUCAAAGGGCAUGCAGGAGAGGUAAAGGAUUCGUUAACUUACAACGAUUAUGUUAUGGACGUCAUGAAAGGGAGUGGCAGGAUGUACUGCAUAUGGAAUGGUCCAUUUCCGAUUUUAGGGGUGUGUCAUCCUGAAACUUUCCAACAACUAAACAAGCAAGUGUCAAAUAAGGCACGUGGACUUACAGAUGGCUAUAGAAUGUUUGAGCCGUGGCUAGGGGAAGGGUUAUUGAUAAGUGAGAGCAAGCAAUGGGAAAGAAACAGACGCUUACUUACCCCUGCAUUCCAUUUCAACAUUUUGUCUGGGUAUGUUGACGUGAUGAAUGACGUUGCGGACGUAUUUCUGGACAAAUUAGAAGAAGCUACACAGAAAACUGGGUCGCUAGACAUAUUUCCGUAUGUGUGUAGGGCAACACUAGAUUCAAUGCUAAAAUGUUCAUUGUCAUAUGAAGGCAGUAUGCUAGAAUCUACGGAACACAAAUACAUCAAAUCUGUGCAACGUCUAACAACGAUUGUGUGGGAACGCAUGUUACAACCAUUACUUUUAUUUGACUUUUCCUUCAACUUGUCUGCACUCGGACGAGAACACAAACGCGUAGUGGAAGUGGCACAUAAAUUUACUGGGGGCCUCAUAGAAUCGAGAAGAAACCAGCUGAUGGAACAUCCGGAUUUAACUAAACAAAAAAGACGCCUUGAUUUUCUUGAUAUAUUACUCACGGCAAAAGAUGAAAUGGGACAGGGUUUGUCGAGACAGGAGAUACAGGAUGAAGUUGAUACGUUUACAUUUGAAGGUCACGAUACAACGGCGUCUGCUAUCAGCUGGUCAAUCUAUGCACUAGGACAGCACCUGGACAUACAAGCAAAAGUGUUCAAGGAUGUACAGAAAGUGAGUGAAGAUAACACAAGCAUUACACAGAGUUGUCUCUCCCAGUUUGAAUAUUUGCCACUGUUUAUCAAGGAGAUUAUGAGGUUUUACAGCCCAGUACCUCUAGUUGCCAGGAAACAUUCAGAACCAAUAACAAUAGAUGGAAUUGAAAUACCUCCCGGACCAAGAGUUGAUAUCAACAUCUACGCUAUACACCAUAACCCACAAGUCUGGAAAAAUCCAGAGGAUUUCGAUCCGGAGAGAUUUGACGUUGAGCAUCGUGAUGAAACAGAGAUAUAUGGAUUCAUUCCAUUUUCUGCUGGGUCAAGGAAUUGCAUUGGACAGGUGUUUGCCAUGAAUGAAAUAAAGAUAACGGUUGCAAAGUUUGUGAAAAGAUUUGAGGUAUUACCGGUGAAGAACCACACGCCCAUACUACAGCCGGACACAAUAAUGAGGUCGCUAAAUGGAUUACCCGUCAUACUGAGGCGUAGGCAACAAACGAGCAGCACUUGAACUGUGAAGUCUUACCAUAUUACAUGUUGUUUGUACACCACAUAAAUGAACAUGUACCUUAAAUGCGCUUGCUUGAUCAGAUAUUUAGUUCUGUUAAUUUGUAUAUGAUGCCUAUUUACCUGCAUUAGCUUAUCCAAGGUAUAUGUUUUGAUCCAUUUGGUCCAUAAAGUCCAUAAGCACGGUUCCUUAAAAACGCCUUACUUUCGAUUUCGUUAAAUUGAGAAGGCGCCAGUGUCGAUAGAAAAUUUGUCCGAGUGGGUUCCCAUGUUGGCUGCAGAGUGUCAACAGGGAUCCUGUGAGGCAGACCGAGAGAGAUUCGCGUGGAUUAAAAAAGUAGGGCGUUUUUAAGGAAACAUGAUGAAAGUAACCACAUAAAGUGUAUUUACAGAUAAGAUGGGAUCUAUGGCUUCACAUCUAAGGUACUAGGUAUUUGCUAUAUUCAAGGAAAGUCGUAUUUAAGUUUCAUAAACACGGCACGAUGUACAUUCGAGCAAGUGUAACGAUAAAAAGCAAUACUAGAUCGCUACGUCUUCCCGUGGUUUAUAUAUUUUUAUGCAUUAACUUGUGUUCGGGACGAAAAAGUUGAUUUUCUGACCUCUUCUGAGCGCCAACGUUGGAUGUCAAUGUGUACCUCAAAGUGUCCUGUGCGCUAACAGGGAGGGAUCCGUUUUCUCAUUUUCCACAGAGAGCCAUCCGAUAUGUAUAUACACCGUGAUAAGUGUUCCUGUUAUUGAGUUACGUUUGAGUCUGUGUUCCAAAAGCGAGUGUGAGCGGAACUGCACAUUUCAUAACUACCCGCGAACAAACUCGGUCUAACCGGCUAGUUACCGAGCAUGUUAUUAUUUGGUUUGGUUGCGUUCUAUGCUUCCAAAGGGUCUCCUUUAGUUAUGACAUAUACUUGACUAUACAGUGUUCUCAAGAAUGAGGAUAACUUUUGCUCGACCUUAUCUUGAAUUAGCUUUAUCAAAACCAUUAACAAUCUAAACAUAUUUGUCCUUAUUUUAGCUAAAUAUUUCAUUUUCAGUCCUUCAGCUGAUAUAUUUUAACAUCAAACAUAAUUAAAGGAUAAAAAUAUAAAAAUAAUGCCUUACCGUUUAUGCAGAAGCGCUGCGUAUAAUUGAUAAAUAAAUCGCUGUUACAUUUUUAUAUGAAACAUGCGGACUUUAAACACAGCAAUAUUUUCGUACAAAUUGGGAAGGAAUUUAUCUCUAAUAUGUAUAUUGUCAUUUCUUUCUUUCAUAUUUAUUUUCAAUAAUCAAAGUGUACAAGAGUGUACAUAGUUAUAUAUAUCAGACAAAAUCUGCAACUAAUGGCGACUGUUGUAACGGCAAACGUUCAACCGUCUCGUCACAAACCAUGCUUUCCGUUCUUUGAAAGAAAUGUAGCUCGUAUGAUGGCGUGAUGUCUAUAAACAGUCGAAGCCAAUAGGGGGCUACGGUCAGUGAUGUCCUUUAUAGGCUGUUAUCAAAAUAAAACUUUAGGUUUAUUUAGGUCAUAAAGGUUUAUCGUUGCAAAUGCAGAAGAAUGGUAACUAUAAUAUAAUUAAUAUUGAUGAAUGAAAGCAGAGAUAAUACUUUGUGUUUUGUCCUGGAUCAAAGAGAAAAUUAGCACAUGUUCUAAAACAAAUGCACGCAAACAUCAGUUUCUAGUUUUGACUUAUCAGUGGUUUUAUAUACGAUUUUGUUUAAGUUAACAUUCAGUCGUCAUUUCAGACGAAAUCUCAAAGCAAAUAUUUUCCACAAUAGGAAGCCGUUUUCCAUUCUUUAAGAAAAGUGAAAUGCAUGGUUUAAGAGAUCUCCCGAUUAUUUGAAUCGCGUUCAUUAUGACACUGAAGUUUGCAGCAUAUAGGAACAAAAGGAAAGGCUCGUGAGUCAGAGGUAAAAUGUCUAAAUGAAAUAUUGUGUAGACCUUGGAUCUAUUCUAAGAUGUUUAAUUGAGGAUUUUCGUAUAGAUUCAUCUACACAUCAUAAAAUCAGCCUUUACGUGCUAUACCGCGACUUUAAAAUGUCUCCCUGUACUUUGACUCAAUUAUUUCUGGUCCUCUGGUAUCAUGAAUUCAUUAAUAAUAGAGUUCCGCUUAAGCCGGUGCAAGGUACUUGAGGUGUGCUGCUUUUUGCAUUACCUCUCCUGAACAGAUUAAAUCGAACUGAGUCGCAAAUUACUUGGUUGCAUUGUUAUGUAUAUGUCAUUCCCCUUGGAUGGGGUUUGCUUUAUUGGUGAUUCAUUGUUUACUUACCUAGUUUUGAGAUAUCCUGAAUAGUCUAUAUAUUUCUACUAUGUUGCAGAAUAUUCUAUCACAAUACUGAUAAACAAUUAUUUUUUUAAAAGGAUUGUUCUUGAUUUUUCCAGAAUGUUCUUUUUAUUCUUAGUGUUAUAUGAACGUUCUGGAACCUUCCAUGAUACAUUAAAUAGGGUGUUGUCUGACACCUGGCCAGAACUUAGAGUUAUAGAUCUUAUUGAAAACAAUUCUGUAUUUCUUAAUAACAAAAUAGUACCAGUUUGGAUAUUAGCAUUUGAAGGAUUUACAUUGUGGAUUUAAAAAGUUAUCUUUGAAGAGGGGAUUUAUUUAUUUUUUGGAUAUACUACAUUCAAUUUUGAACAGUUGUGAAACAUUGUGGAAUUUAUACUGAUUGGAUUUAAAUUUGACCUGGACAGGAUUUGGACUGUUUUUACAUAUAAGAUUGGAUUUUACGGAUAUUUGACAUUUUUAAAGGUAUUCGAAUUGUUACUUUCAUGGAUAAAAUAUUGUUAUUAUUAAUA